UGCUGCUGGCUAACGAGAAAAGAGCAGAGGCGGAUUUAAUGCACAAAUGAUGCGUUGAAGCCAGGAGAAGGCCAAGUGAUGUAACAGUCCUCUGUGCAAACAGACGUGUGGCAGUGGCCGAGGGAGAGAUGAGUCGUGGGAGAACCGAGUCACCCCCGCACAGGGCAGCACCCCCAGGCACGCCGCAUUCCAAAGGGGGCCUGCUCUCUGCUCAGCCCCACGUCUCCGCGGGCGGCGGUUUGCUUUCAGCCAAACAGCAUCGUCCUUGCCAUGGAGCCAGUGUUCAAUGAAUUGUGUUGGAGAACACUGGAAAGAUCCACCAGAUCGAGUAAAAAUUGGCACCCGGGUACGGAGGGGACCACACAGAAGGAGCAGAGAGUACUGACGAUGACCUGAACUUCUCUUACGCUCUGGCCAGUUUGGCUGCCGUCUGCGUCUGCGGCCACAACUGGAACACACACCGAAGGAGCCCGUGCACCCCCAGAGGGAGAAGGAAAGGCAGAGGCGCGUGGAAGCUGCAAGACCACGUCGUCGUCGGACACAGGUUCGGGGAGGUCCUGGCCGUCCACCUCGGGCACCGCCUUCCUGCCACACCCGAUGCGGCUGCUGACUUCCAAGGACAAGCUAGCCGGCGGCCCUCGUCCUCCCGCCACAGCCCUGCCCGCUGCGGCCCCAUGCCCCCGCCCGUCAGCCCCGGGCCGCAGGCAGUGUGUGGGCACGUGGGAGCCGAGGCCCUGUGACCAGGCCAAGGAGACGCGGGCUCCUCGGUCCCAGCCUCCUCUACCCCCCAUGGAGCUGAGGCCCUGGUUGCUAUGGGUGGUAGCAGCAACGGUACCCUUGGCCCUGCUGGUGGCCAGUGCCCAUGGCCAGCAGGUCUUCACCAACACCUGGGCUGUGCACAUCUCUGGAGGCCCGGCUGUGGCUGACCGCCUGGCGCGCAAGCAUGGCUUCCUCAACCACGGCCAGAUCUUUGGUGACUAUUACCACUUCUGGCAUCGAGCUGUGACAAAGCGGUCCCUGUCGCCUCACCGCCUGCGGCACAGCCAGCUGCAGAGAGAGCCUCAGGUCCGGUGGCUGCAGCAACAGGUGGCGAAACGACGGACCAAACGGGAUGUGUACCAGGAGCCCACGGACCCCAAGUUUCCCCAGCAGUGGUACCUGUCUGGGGCCGCCCAGCGGGACCUGAAUGUGAAGGAGGCCUGGGCCCAGGGCUACACAGGACGCGGCAUCGUGGUCUCCAUCCUGGACGACGGCAUCGAGAAGAACCACCCGGACUUGGCAGGCAAUUAUGAUCCUGGGGCCAGUUUCGAUGUCAACGACCAGGACCCUGACCCACAGCCUCGGUACACACAGAUGAACGACAACAGGCACGGUACCCGGUGUGCAGGUGAAGUGGCCGCGGUGGCCAACAACGGCGUCUGUGGCGUGGGUGUGGCCUACAAUGCCCGCAUUGGAGGGGUGCGCAUGCUGGACGGCGAGGUGACGGACGCGGUCGAGGCACGCUCCCUGGGCCUGAACCCCAACCACAUCCACAUCUACAGCGCCAGCUGGGGCCCCGAGGACGACGGCAAGACCGUGGACGGGCCAGCCCGCCUCGCCGAGGAGGCCUUCUUCCGGGGGGUCAGCCAGGGCCGCGGGGGGCUGGGCUCCAUCUUUGUCUGGGCCUCGGGGAACGGGGGCCGGGAGCAUGACAGCUGCAACUGCGACGGCUACACCAACAGCAUCUACACGCUGUCCAUCAGCAGCGCCACGCAGCUCGGCAACGUGCCCUGGUACAGCGAGGCCUGCUCCUCUACGCUGGCCACGACCUACAGCAGCGGCAACCAGAACGAGAAGCAGAUUGUGACCACAGAUUUGCGGCAGAAGUGCACCGAAUCUCACACAGGCACCUCGGCCUCUGCCCCGCUGGCCGCUGGCAUCAUCGCUCUCACCCUGGAGGCCAAUAAGAACCUCACCUGGCGGGACAUGCAGCACCUGGUGGUGCAGACCUCAAAGCCAGCACACCUCAAUGCUAACGACUGGUCCACCAACGGUGUGGGCCGGAAAGUGAGCCAUUCCUAUGGCUACGGGUUGUUGGAUGCGGGCGCCAUGGUGGCCCUGGCCCAGAACUGGACCACAGUGCCCCCCCAGCGGAAAUGUGUUGUUGACAUCCUCGCUGAGCCCAGGGACAUCGGGAAGCGGCUGGAGGUGCGGAAGACCGUGACCGCCUGCCUCGCGGAGACCAGCCACGUCAUGCGGCUGGAGCACGUCCAGGCGCGCCUCACCCUGUCCUACAAUCGCCGUGGCGACCUGGCCAUCCACCUGGUCAGCCCCAUGGGCACCCGCUCCACUCUGCUGGCCGCCAGGCCCCAUGACUACUCCGCGGAUGGGUUCAAUGACUGGGCCUUCAUGACGACCCACUCCUGGGACGAGGACCCCUCCGGCGAGUGGGUCCUGGAGAUCGAGAACACCAGCGAAGCCAACAACUACGGGACCCUGACCAAGUUCACCCUCGUGCUGUAUGGCACGGCCCCCGAGGGGCUGCCCACCCCUCCCGAGAGCAGCGGCUGCAAGACCCUCACCUCAAGCCAGGCCUGUGUGGUGUGCGAGGAAGGCUUCUCCCUGCACGAGAAGAGCUGCGUCCAGCACUGCCCCCCGGGCUUCGCCCCCCAAGUCCUCAACACGCACUACAGCACGGAGAACGAUGUGGAGACCAUCCGCGCCAGCGUCUGCGCCCCCUGCCACCCCUCGUGUGCCACGUGCCGGGGGCCAGCCCCCACGGACUGCCUCACCUGCCCCGGCCACGCCUUCCUGGACCCCGUGGAGCAGACAUGCUCCAGGCAAGGCCAGACCAGCCGAGAGUCGCCGAAGCAGCUGCCGCCCGCGACCCGGCUGCCUCCAGAGGUGGAGGUGGAGCCGCGGCCGCGGGCCGGGCUGCUGCCCUCACACCUGCCCGAGGUGGUGGCCGGGCUCAGCUGCGCCUUCAUCGUCCUGGUCUUCAUCACUGUCUUCCUGGUCCUGCAGCUGCGCUCGGGCUUCAGCUUCCGGGGGGUGAAGGUGUACACCAUGGACCGCGGCCUCAUCUCCUACAAGGGGCUGCCCCCCGAGGCCUGGCAGGAGUGCCCCUCAGACUCGGAGGAGGACGAGGGCCGGGGCGAGAGGACCACCUUUAUCAGAGACCAGAGCAUCCUCUGACGAGUGCCCUCCCGCUGCCCCUUCAAGCCCGUCUCCUCCUUGGGCACUUUUUAAUUCACCAAAGUAUUUUUUUAUCUUGGGACUGGGUUUGGAC